UUCAGUUGUAGGACUGUCUCCCUUGUAAAGAUGCCUCAUACUUUGAAAGAAUGGUUCAAAGGCUUUAGGCAGCGAAUCAAACAAAAUUCUUGUUCGAACCUCAUUUGGUUGAUUAAUUUCUUGCCAACCCUUGGCGGGUUUCCUUUUUUGAGUAAUAAAUUUAAAGUAUUAUUUUGGAUCAUCCACACGAUUCUGCUGUUCUAUGUCUACAUACUGGGUACUGUGGUCUACCAGAUAUACUACGCCGAAGAUUUCAUUGACUCUAUCAAUAGCUUCUUUAACAUAUCUGUGUUCGUCCUCAUCUUCGUCAGCAGCUGGUGGCUUUUGUCUAAAAGGCAAGAUAUAAACGAACUUUUGAGAAUAGUGCAAAAUAAUGAUGACCUUGUGAUCGAAUCUGGAAGGUUUCUUGAUACGCACCAGAAAAUGUUGAAGAACAUAAAGAUCAUUGUCAUAACUUGCUACAUGUUCCACUUCGUUAACGACGUCAUGAUAUUCAUACCUUCGAGAACCCUCGAGAUGGACAGCUUCUCUGUUGCCUCGUGUGUUGGUAUAGAACCACUCAAUUCCAGUCCGAACAGAGAAGCUUGCAUGAUAAUUUUAGCUCUCCAAGAAUUAUCAGGUAUCGUGACAGUGGCCAGCUAUGACGUCACCUUACUCUUCGUGUUCUCUCACACCGCCGCAAUGUAUCGAAUUCUGUACAAAGACAUGAUGAGCUUCAACGAAUUAGCUGAGCGUUGCAAUACUUCUAGUCAAGUAUAUUUGACGAUCAAAGAACGUCUUGAGAACUUGAUAAACCGUCACUCUCUCGCUUUGCAUACAGUGAAUAAACUUCAAGCUAUCUACAGCGCAUCAAUAGGCCUCGGUUUUCUCUUGAACGCUAUGUCCAUGUGCUUAUUUUUCGUGUUGCCACUCGACGUUUGUCUCAACUUCGCGCCGCUCAUUUACUACAGCCUUUUCAUUUUCUUCUUGUACUGUUAUCAAGGCCAGCGGCUUACGACAGCCUCUGAAAAGUUUGAAAUGGCCGUGUAUUGUUGUGGUUGGCAGCAUUUGCGUGUCAAAGAACGAAGAUGUGUGCUGUUCAUGUUAAAGCGAGCGCAGAAACCGGUCAUAGUGUUUGCCGCACGUGUGAUACCAAUACGUAUUCACACUUUCGCGAACAUUAUGCAGUCUAUCUACAAGUUCGUUACAGUUUUUAAGUUAUAGAUGUUUUGAUUUAAACUUUAUAGACAUGUACUUAGAGAAUAAAAUGUAGUCAAUAAAUAAAUUAAAGUCAGUAGUUUGAUUUGAUUAUGUGACUUGGCUCUUCGAUAAUUAGAUUUUCCUUACCCAUCUACUUAGACAUAUUCAGAUAUUAAUACAUGACGAUUAUUUCUCAUAAUUACACAGGGUAGUCACGCUUUUGUAGAUUAAAUACAAGUAGGCAAUUUAAUGAUGGUAUCUGUUAACAGGCGGACUAUAAUUUGAAGUUGAUAAUUACAUGACAUUAUCAGCCACCGGUUAUUAUCACCUUCCCACUUGUAUUUUUCUUUGGGGUGUAACGAUGUAAGUUAAUGUUCAG